AUGGGUGACAUUUUUGAAGAUAUGGAAAAACCCUUUCUUCCUAUGCUUAUAUCAAACUGGAUUUUUGGCAUCGGUAUUAUUGAAUAUCCAAUAAGGAGGCAACUGAAACUACUGAGCAUAGUUUAUAGCACUUUAAUUUUAGUUGUUUACGCAUAUUUAGUUUAUAUUUGUCAUGCGCACAUUUAUUUAACAGCUGUAGCUCAAAUUAAGCCUAUUAUAGAAAUGUUACAUUAUUACACAAAUAUUCUAAUUACUAUUAGCAUAAUUAUUUUUGGCUGGUUUCAAACGCAGGGAUUACAAAAAUGUAUGCUAAAAGCAGCGCAAGCUAACCUUUUAAUGCAACAAAUUGGUAUAUUCAAAAAUCAUUCGAAUAUUUUGAAAAACGAAUUGAGAAAAUUUAUGGCAUUCUUUUUAUUUAUAUUAUCAAUUAUUAUAAUAAACUCUACAGUAACAUUCUAUAAUUUUGUUCCAAACUACCAACAAAUUAUAUUCAUUGUAAUAUUGCAAAAUGUUCCACUUCUUUACGGAUACAUUGCUGAUUCUUCAUUUUUGAAUAUCAUUGGCUAUGCAUACUUUAAAUUUGAUAGCUUAAAUAAAUUAUUAAAAAGUAUAUCAAUAACUAAAGCAGACAACCCAAUGCACAAAAUAAUUGCUAAGCAACCUUUUUAUGAAAAAGUAUAUCCACAAGUUUAUUCAAGUAUCGAUUACAAAGAUUAUACCUUCCUGAUAAAGAAAAUAAAGUUAGCUCAUUUACGAUUAGUAAAAUUAUGUCGCGAAGCAAAUAAUCUUUAUAGUUUUCAUAUUUUAUUGUCUAUUGCUAUUGCUUUCGUUAUGAUAAUAAAUAAAAUUUUUAAUAUUUAUGUAGUUUUGAAUGAUGAUGAUAUUGACGAAGGUUCUAAAUUUAGAACUAUUGUUAGAAGUGUAAAUUGGCUUAUAUAUUAUAUAGUUAGGAAUUUAACCAGUUGCUGCCUCUGUACCACUGUUUUGAACACUGCUACAAAAACUGGUGAUUUGAUUUGCGAGCUUUAUGAUGAACCUUACAUUACCGAAAAUACUAGAGCUGAGAUAAGAUAUUUCAAUAUCGAGCUGGUUCAAAAUAAGUUAGAAUUUUCUGCCUAUGGUGUUGUUAAUAUUGAUUUAACUUUGUUACAAGUCAUGGCGUCUACUAUUGCAACAUACAUUAUUAUUAUAGUACAAUUUCAAAAACUUCACUUUGUACCGAACGCACUUGUGGGAAACCAAACAAACACAUAUAGAAUUUGA